CCCCUUGACCCCUUGACCUUGCUCGCCCCCGGCGCUGCAGCGGCCAUGGGCAACGUGAUGGAGGGCAAGUCGGUGGAGGAGCUGAGCAGCACCGAGUGCCACCAGUGGUACAAGAAGUUCAUGUCCGAGUGCCCCUCGGGCCAGCUCACCCUCUACGAGUUCCGCCAGUUCUUCGGCCUCAAGAACCUGACCCCGUGGGCCAGCCAGUACGUGGAGCAGAUGUUUGAGACCUUUGAUUUCAACAAAGAUGGCUACAUAGACUUCAUGGAGUAUGUGGCAGCACUCAGCUUGGUCCUCAAAGGCAAGGUGGAGCAGAAGCUGCGCUGGUACUUCAAGCUUUACGACGUCGACGGCAAUGGAUGCAUCGACCGGGAUGAGCUGCUUACCAUCAUCAGGGCCAUCCGAGCUAUCAACCCCUGCAGCGACUCCACGAUGAGCGCGGAGGAGUUCACGGAGACCGUGUUCUCCAGGAUUGACGUCAACGGGGACGGAGAACUGUCCUUGGAGGAGUUCAUGGAGGGCGUCCAGAAGGACCAAAUGCUUCUGGACACGUUGACCCGGAGCCUGGACCUCACCCGCAUCGUGCGCAGACUCCAGAGCGGAGUGCAAGAGGAGGGGGCUGGCAGUGGGGGUCCCCCGCUCUCGGAUGAAUGAGCCCGCUGCCCCGCUCACUGCCUCAGGACUUGGGAGGGCGCAUGUGAUGGUGCCUCCAAGCCCGCAUUGUUAUUUUCAUUCGUUUCGUAUUUGGUUUUGGUUCACUCCCUGCUCAGGGCCCAUCGAUUGCUCAGGGUGGAGCUUGCAGGACUUUGCAGUGCCAGAGAUCAAACCCAGGGCUCCUGCAUGCAAAGCCAGUGCUCCAGCCCUUGGAGCCAUCUCCCCCGCCCCCCAUGUGGUUACUUAUACUGAUUCCAGGUAGAAUCUGCUUAGGUCAAAGGCUCAGUGGGUCUCUUGGGGUGCACCGUGGCAGCGAAGGGCAAAGGCGGGAGUGCAGAGCAGAGGGGACAGUGAAGAAUGAAUGUGGGUGACUCAGCUGGUGACCCCUGGGUGGGUGCCCUCAGCAUCCCUCCGGCCUCCAGGCUCUCCUGUUCCAUGUCUCCACCUUCACCCUGGAUAUGAACUUUCCAAAGUUGAUCUGGGUUCUCCGGGAACUCUGAUGAACUACUACAGUUGGGGGGGGAGGCGGGCGGACCUCCACCCAGCACUGCAUUCACACAAAGACCCUGCCCAGUGAUUGUGGGGCUCGCUUGUGAGGUUCUUGGGGCUCAUUCCUAUAGCAAGGAAUACACAGCACAAGCUGUCACCCGUGCAAGGGUCUCAGGCUGAUGGGGAAGCCUGUAGACAAACACUGAUGCAGUAAAACACGCGGAGAGAUGCUGUGGAGAGGUUCCUGCAGCAUGCGAGCGAGUCUACUGCAGAUGGAGCCCUUGACUUUGAAUGUGGAGGAGGUAUUAGGGGGUGCA